UUGAAGAGAAAAAAAAAAUUCCAUGGAUAUGCUGGAGAAAUAGAAAGAGCGGGAUCGAUCGGGGCAACGAAAAAGAAGUGCUUGCUUUCUGCAACAAAAGGCAGGCUACUAGGCAAGCAAUGUCUGAGGAGGGCAAAAUGGAAUCAAACGAGAAGGUGGAUUCCUCCGCAUAUACAGCCGAUGGAGAAGUUAUUGAUGUAAAUGUACAGGAUUCAGAGGCAAAAGAUAUUGAACUCCACCACGACAAUGAUGGGUUGGACCAAAGUCUGGUUGAUGAUGAGUUUUCGCCACUUUCCGAAGAACCAUUUUACCAUCAUGUUGUUUCAUUGUCACAUGUUAAUAAACUAUGUCACAUGGUGUUUCCUAGCAGACUGCGGUCUAAUCUUCCUGCUAAAACAGUUCCUGCUGUUGUCACUUGUCGCGGAAAAUCUUGGGAGAUGACGUUCUUGGGAGGCAGCCAAAAAUUACGUUUCGAAGUACAAUCUUGGAAACGGUUUGCUAGUGACAAUGGUCUGAAAGUUGGAGACGCGAUUUUCUGGGAAUUAAUGGAGAGCAGUGAUGAGAAGGUGAGCUUUAAAGUUCAAAUAAUUCGAGGUGACUUCCCCAGUGAACUGCAGGCACAAGUGAAUGGUGAGACUGCGGCAACUCCAAUAUUAAUAGAAUAGAAUUCUAAAUCAUGGUUUUGAAAGUUCUAUGAAUGGUAUGCUUUUUCUG